CUUCCAAACCAUUUUAUUUAUUUUCUGUGACAAGCUUCCAUCGAUCUUACUCUGCACAAUCCUUCGUUCUCAACUAACGACUGAUCGCAACUCACAACAAACACAACGGUUUAAUUUUUGAUAUUCAAUCCUUCCAUUUUCUCCAGCUUCAGAUCACUUCACAAUGACGUCGUCUUGGCUUCUUCCCUUAUUGGUUCAUGACUGAUGGAAGCUUGGUCCAUUUGAUUGAUUUCUAUUGAACCACACUUGUUCCAGAUCCGAAUCCCUCUCAUUCAAUGGAUUCCUGGCUCAAAGCUGCAGAAGGUUUGUUUGAAGUUGUAGAUAGAAGGGCAAAGCUUGUUGUCAGUGAAUUGGCAGAAGAUCAGCCUGAUUCCCAGACUUCAGCUUCUAAUGGGCAAGGAUCCCAAGCCAAGCAAACAAAGUCAGAGACCAGGGCCAAAACAACUGAUACUGCACAGGAGCAGAAUGAUACUAUUACAUCACAAGUAGCUGUAACUCCUGAAAAAGAUAAGGAUACACUUUUGAAUAAAAAUGAUGGGACCUCUUCUAGUUAUUCUACGGUUCAAACAACCACUGAGAACCAAGAUGAUUUUAAUAACAACUCCCCAUUGUUGGAGAUUCCUCAUACAGAGGCCUUAGGAAAUGACAAAAGUAAAAAUGAUACUAACCUCGUCGAAGUUCCAGUAAAUAAUACUGAUCAGGAAGCUGUCACAUCAACAUCGAAUGUGGAGCUUCUCAAUGAGAGUAUCUCAGAAGUAUGUGAAGACAUUUCUUUGCCUAUAGGCCCCGUACCUGCCGAAGAAGUUGAAAUUGUGAAUACACUUGAUCCGGUGGAAACUGAUCCAGGGACCAAAUCAGGAGACACAGAUGUUUCUCGAAAGAUUGAUCAAGAAAAAUCUCAGUCCACGAAUGUUGAUGUACUAAAGGAUGGUGAAACUCAAUCUAGAGUUGCUGAUCUCAACAUUGAACCUCUUAGCAAUCAAAAGAAACAGGAGGAGCAAAAGGCGGUUGCAUCUCCCAAGAAAGUACAGGAACAGCUUGAUGAGGCUCAAGGGCUACUUAAAACUACAAUUUCCACCGGUCAAUCUAAAGAGGCAAGAUUGGCCAGGGUCUGUGCUGGACUUCAAACCCGACUUCAAGAAUACAAAUCUGAAAAUGCACAACUCGAGGAACUUCUUGUUGCAGAGAGAGAGCUUAGUAAAUCAUUCGAGGCACGCAUAAAGCAGCUACAGCAAGACGUGUCAGAAUCCAAAAUUGAAGUGACGAGAGUAGAGUCAAAUAUGGCUGAAGCCUUGGCAGCAAAGAAUUCGGAAAUUGAAGCACUUGUCGGUUCCAUGGAUGCACUUAAGAAACAAACUGCUUUGUCGGAAGGAAAUCUUGCUUCUCUGCAGGCAAACAUGGAAUCUAUUAUGAGAAACAGGGAGCUUACUGAAACAAGAAUGAUGCAGGCUUUACGAGAGGAGCUAGCUUCUGUAGAACGAAGAGCAGAGGAAGAGCGUGCUGCACACAAUGCAACAAAAAUGGCUUCUAUGGAAAGGGAGGUAGAAUUGGAACAUAGAGCCUUAGAGGCAUCCACUGCCCUUGCAAGGAUACAGAGGACAGCUGAUGAGAGGACUGCAAAGGCAGCGGAGCUCGAGCAAAAGGUGGCUCUGCUUGAGGUUGAAUGUGCAAAUUUGAAUCAAGAGCUGCAAGAUAUGGAAGCUCGUGUACGGCGAGGGCAAAAGAAGUUACCAGAAGAGGCAAAUCAAGCAAUUCAGAUUCAGGCCUGGCAAGAGGAAGUGGAACGUGCUCGCCAAGGUCAGAGGGAUGCUGAGAGCAAGCUUUCUUCUCUGGACGCUGAAGUGCAAAAAAUGAGAGUUGAAAUGGCUGCCAUGAAGAGGGAUGCUGAGCAUUAUUCACGUCAGGAGCAUAUGGAACUUGAGAAACGCUAUCGUGAACUAACUGAUUUAUUGUACUACAAGCAAACACAAUUGGAAACCAUGGCUAGUGAAAAGGCUGCUGCAGAAUUUCAAUUAGAGAAGGAAUUGAAGCGUCGUCAUGAAGCACAGGCAGAGGCGGAAAGAAGUAGAGUUUCACGAAGGCCCUCAUCAUCUUGGGAGGAUGAUACUGAAAUGAAGACACUUGAGCCACUUCCCUUGCAUCACCGCCAUAUGGCUACAGCAAGUAUGCAGUUGCAGAAGGCAGCGAAGUUCUUGGACUCGGGGGCUGUUAGGGCAACAAGAUUUCUCUGGCGAUAUCCCACAGCACGAAUUAUCUUGCUUUUCUAUUUGGUAUUUGUUCAUCUCUUCUUGAUGUAUCUAUUGCAUCGACUUCAGGAACAAGCAGAUGAUCUUUCUGCUAGAGAAGUUGCAAAUGCCAUGGGGCUUACCAACCCUACCUUACCAUGAUUGGGUAGCUGCUGCUCUCACCAUUCAUUUUAUUUUUUUGCCAUACUUGUUCCCCUAAAAUAGAUUCUUAAAUCUCCUUAAGGUGCAUUCUCAGUUAAUUUCACUAGCCCAAAAAGCCUUGGAGAAUAAUGAAGCUACAUGAAAUAGGUAGCACAAAUGAAAAGUUUAUCUCUCAUUGUUUCCACAUAUUUUUAUGGAAGAAGGUCAAUAGUGGAGAAAUUGCUGCAGAUUGGUUUGGUUUGGAAAUUGGAAACUGGUUUGUCUUAAAGGGUACUCAAUUCUUUGUCCAGGUGGGCACUAAAAAAAUGUAGUGUAAUUACUCGAACAUGGCUGGGUAUACCUGUUUGGCCCAAAUGUGUCUUAGCUAGCCAUAUUAAGUAUUUGUUGAAGUCCCAGAAGACUUUCUUAGGGUACUCCUGCAGAUUUGGUUUGCCCACCACUAUAUUCUCGUUUUGCAUUUUUGGCAGAAUUUUGUUUAAAAGUUACUGAAAUGUGGUACAGAUACUAUGUAAAUUUAUCAUGAUCGAUGUUUGUACUUAAAAUGAAAUACGAGAUCUUACACAAAUAGAAACAUUUGAGCUGA